AAAGAUGAUUUGGUAACCGACUUGAAAGAACAAAACAAAUCGGGAAAUCCAUUGGAUCUCAUCUCUAGUUGAAAUGGCGUCGACCUCCGACGCUAUGCCGUCGUCGGCAAUGGAGGAAUCUCCAAAUUGGCUGGAAAUGCCUCCCGAACUGAUGGCAAGUAUACUUCAAAGAUUGGGUGCUGUAGAAAUACUCAACAGUGCACGGAAAGUAUGCACAACUUGGCGGAGAAUUUGCAAGGACCCUGAUAUAUGGAAGACUAUCGAUAUGCACAAACCGGUUGAUACUUGGGAUAUGGAUUACGAUCUCGAGAUUCUGACUAAGCAGGCAGUCGAUCUUAGCUGCGGGGAAUUGAUCGAUAUCAGUAUCGAGUAUUUUGGCUCCGAUGAUCUCCUUGAUCACAUUUUGCUACGGUCAAGUAAACUAAAAAAUCUUUGCCUUAUGAACUGCUUUGAUAUCACGGGAAGUCGGUUGAGUCAGGCAGUCAAAAGGGUCCCACAAUUGGAAAAACUUCACCUUUCUUACAUCUCAAUCAAUGUAGAAGACAUCGAACUUAUCGGACAAAAUUGCCCUCACCUCAAGUCCUUCAAGUUAAACAAGGAGUUCAGACGCCCACGCAUAGAAAAUGACGAUGAUGCCCUUGCGAUUGCAAACAACAUGCCCGAGUUACGCCAUUUACAGGUGUUUGGUAGUAAAAUGUCAAAUGAUGGACUUGAAGCCAUUCUUAACAGCUGCCCUCACCUCGAAUCGCUAGAUGUUCGUAGGUGUUUUAAUCUGAAUCUCGGGGGCAAUUUGGGAAAAUUGUGUAUGGAACGGAUUAAAGAUUUUAAACGCCCGAAUGAUUCAACUGAAAACUGUGGGUUUCAUCCUCGAAUUCAUGAAUUUGAUGACUUUGAUGAUAUGUAUUCUUCUGGGUAUUCUGAUGUUGAUGAAUUUUCUGAAGGUGAUUUCUAUGAAGAUUAUGAAUUUUCAGGUGGUAGUGCUGUUUCUGAAGAGGAUGAUUAUGAUUAUGAGUACUUUGACAUAUGAAUUCGUUAUUGGGUACACAAUGUAUUGCUUAUAAUCUACAACAAUGUACAACUUUUAAUUGAUUCAUCAUGUAAUCGUAUCUCUAUGAUUUUAUAAGUGAAAUGUGAUAAAAAGAAAUGUUUGAACAAA